AUGGAAUCCCGAUCACGAAGAAUAAUGAAUCUACUUAAAUCACCAAGUCACCAUAGAUUGGAUUGCGACAGAGAGAAAGAUCUUUGUUUGGGAACUGAAAAUAUUUGUAACGAAGAAAAAGAGAACACACCAUUAGAACUUAUUAGUCCAAAAAAAAAAUCAAGUUGUGUUACCCAGCAACCAAUUGAUUAUGAUAGUUGUAAGGAGAUGAGUGACGAAGUAAUAGGAAAUAUAAAUGUCAUGACCUCUCCUCAGAAACCUAUCAGGCGCCGUCUUUCUAGCUCAAGCUCGUCCAGCUCUAGUAGCUCUAGCAAUUCUAGAUCUAGCAGCAGUAACUCAAGUAUUACUUCAUCUAGUACUAGUUCUUCUAAUGCUCAUAACACAGGGCGACGACCUUUAGAUGAAAACACCGUUCCACUGCAAGAUAGUUCUAGACAUACAAACGCCGAUCCACAGCCAGGUACAUCUAGAGAUGAAAACGCCGACCCUCAGCCACGAACUUCUAGAGACAAUUUUUCUCCACCAUCCAUAUUGACACCAAUUUGCAACGAUUUGCCAUUGGUUCGACCCCGAACAGCGGUUUGUAAAUAUAUAAUUUCUCCACUUCAUUCGGAGGAAAGUGACGUAGAUCUCAGUGAUGACGACCCCUCUUACAUUCAAGAGAAAAACCAUCGUCAACGUUCACCGAGCCCAGCAGCUGGCAAUUCUAUUGACGAUUAUGUUCCAAUGAAACCAAGGAAACGUAAAGCAGAUCCAAAUAAAUGGAUGCAAAACACGCAAAAAAUUAAACGAAACUUGGGUCAAAGUUAUGUAGCUGUACAUUCAAAGAAAUUGGUCCCUGCACGUAAUAUUAAACCACCUUGUGGCCAAAACUGUCGAUUAAAAUGCAGUGAUCGCAUCGAUAAUUCUAAGAGGUUACAGAUCUUUAACGCCUUCUGGGCAUUAGGUGAUAGACAGUUGCAAAGAAUACAAGACUGA